AUGGCAACCCCAUCUCCGCCUCUAACCGUUUUCACAGUCCUCAACGAAUCCAAGCGCAUAGUCAACGCCCACUCCCGCCACUUCUUAGCCCUCUCAGUCCUCUUCCUCCUCCCUCUCGCCUUCUCCUCCACCGUCUACCCCACCAUCCAGAACCUUCUCGCCGAUCGAGUCAGAGACAACCCCAAGCUAUUCCUCGAAAUCUCAACUUUGGACGCCCAACGGCGCCAACCCAUCAUCCCCGCCAAAACCCUUCUUGUCGCCCUCGCUUUCUCCCUCUUCGCCGUCGUCUUCUCUCUCUGCGCCCUGGGGUCGAUCACUUACAGUGUGUUUCACGGAUUCUAUGGCCGGCCGGUUAAGCUCGUCUCCGCCGUCAAAUCCGUCGCCUCCUCCUUCCUUCCCCUGUUGGGUACUGCUCUAAUUUCCCAGAUCCUCAUUUUAUUGCGCUGA